UUGCGCGGAUCGCAGUUCCGUUCAUUUGUCUCUCUGUAAAAGCGGACGCUGGGACGCCUGAAUGUCAGAAGAAGGCUAUGUCAAAAAUGGGCUCUGGCUGGGUCAUUCUUCCAACACCCGCCCCAGGACCUCCAUCUUCUUUCCCAGCCCUUGUCCCCAGUAGCCGGUAGGGAGUGUGAAGGGACCCGGUCUGCUCCCACAGGCUGUGUGUCCGAUGUAAAGGGACGGUAGAGUCGCCAGAAGACCGUGAGAGCUGGUGGUGAAGGUCAGAGGUCACGCGACACCAGGUUACAGUCCAACAGGUUUAUUUUGAAACCACCAGCUUUUGGGAGCGCUGCUGUUUUCUCAGGAAAGAAGUGUAUGAGCUACAUUUAUAAAGAAGAGUAUUUGUGUGCAGUUAUGCGUUCCACUGAAAAUGAUGUGUGUAAUCAUGUGAAAGUUUUUGUCCGUGUCCGGUCUGAAAACACAAGAGAGCAGAAUGAAAAGCACCACAAAGUUGUACAUGUAGUUGAUAGGCAUAUGUUGGUUUUCGAUCCUAAAGAGGAGGAAAUUAACUAUUCUUAUGGCUGUAAAGUUCGGCACCGUGACUUAAACAAAAGGAAAAACAAGGACCUACAAUUUGUCUUUGAUCGAGUUUUUGGUAAUGAUUCCUCGCAGUUGGAUAUAUUUGAAGAAACAAAAUCAAUACUGGAGAGUGUUUUCAAUGGAUACAACUGUACAGUCUUUGCAUAUGGUGCAACAGGAUCUGGAAAAACGCACACAAUGCUAGGAUCAGCAGGACAACCUGGGGUGAUGUAUCGAACUAUGAAGGAAUUAUACAAUCGAAUAGAACAGAUGAAAGAUGAGAAAUGUUGUGAUGUUGCCGUCUCCUAUCUGGAGGUUUACAACGAGGAAGUCCGGGAUCUGUUGACCAAUUCUAGAUCUCUGGCUGUACGGGAGGAUGCUCAAGGUGGAAUCAUUGUCCAGGGAUUAACACUACACAAGCCGACAUCAUCAAAACAGCUCCUUCAGAUGUUGGAUUAUGGAAAUAAAAAUAGAACUCAACAUCCAACUGAUGUCAACUCCAAUUCUUCACGUUCUCAUGCUGUCUUUCAGAUUUAUUUAAGGCAGCAAGACAGAACAGCAAGCAUCCAUCAAAACAUUAAAAUUGCAAAAAUGUGCCUUGUUGAUUUAGCUGGAUCUGAACGUAUUAGUGCCAUGAACAUGAAAGAAGCUCGCUUCAGGGAGGGGGCAAAUAUUAAUAGAUCUCUCUUGGCUCUAGGAAAUGUCAUCAAUGCCUUAGCAGAUUCCAAGAGGAAGACCCAGCACAUUCCCUACAGAAACAGUAAGCUAACACGCCUGUUGAAGGAUUCCCUAGGUGGAAAUUGCCAGACAAUUAUGAUAGCUGCUGUCAGCCCAUCCUCUUUGUCUUAUGAUGACACAUAUAACACUCUGAAGUAUGCCAAUAGAGCAAAAUACAUCAAAUCUUCAGUAAAGAGUAAUAUUUUGAAUCUGAAUAACCAUGUGGGGAAAUAUGCAAAGAUUUGUGAGGAGCAAAGGAAAGAGAUUACGGAGCUCAAAGAGAAGUUGAAAGCUUAUGAGAGUGAAAAGAUUAUGUUUCUUAAUAACCCUGGAAGAAAGGUUAAUUUUGUUUCAAAUUCAAAGGAAAAUGAAAUAAUAAGAUUUGAAGGUAUCCUUGAAAAUAUCUUCAGCAAACGACAGAAAAUCAGAGUAACCUGCUUAGAUUUAGAGCGGAGACUGAAAGAGUUGGAACUAAAAAUAUAUUAUUAUAAACGGCACCAGCAAUAUGCCAAACUGUUUUCCUGUGACCAUGCAAUGGAAAAGGCAUCUUGCAAGCAUGAACGUAGGCUGGCAUCAUUAAUUACACAACACAAUCAUAUUCAACAAAAGCUGAAAAUUACAGAGAAAAUGCUUGAAGAAAACAGUAACUGGUUGCAUCGUGUGGAAAAUGAAAUGUGUUUAUUCGGCCAAGACGGAAAGAUGCCUCAGGUCCUUAAUCAAGAUCUACAGCACAGUCAUUUAAAGAUGGAAGUAAUGGACUUAAAACGACAAAUUCAACAUAUGAAACAGUUACUGUCUCUCCAAACACCAGAGAACAGAAGAACAGAAAAACUUAUAAAGAGUUUACUUCCUGCAUUCUGCCAACUGUAUCAAACUUCGAAAGAAGCUGGACUUGCUUCAGCAGCUACCAUGGGUGUAUUUGUGGAAAUGGAACAAUUAAUUCAUCAGGAGAAAGGGAUUGCAUGGGAAGAUCAGAUGAUGGAAUUACCAGAAACUAUACCUGAUGAGCAGCUAAACAUUUCCUCCAUCAUGAAUUACUCCCAGCUCACCUAUUGCCAGGCAACACCAUGCAGUUCAGAAGGAAGUCCUUCCAGACGUUUACAGGUAACAGCUGAAAAAGUCAAAAAUGGCAAAUCUCCUGUUCAAUUGACGUCAUCAAGAGAAUCUAAGGAAAACCAACCACCAAUGGGAAAAGAAGGCAGAGUAUCUACUCAUAAAUCCUCCAGACGGCAGCUAGAGCCAAUACUGUUAACUUGCAGCGAUCCAGAUAAAUAUGCUACACAAAGCUCCAGUAUUAAUCAGCUAGAUGAUAGCUUCUCCAAAGAAGGCUUUGCAUUUAUAGACUAUACACCAGAGACCUUAAUGUCACAGAUUGUGCAGGUUCAGUGUCAGCUGCCUACCUCAAAGCUAGAACUCCAAAAGGCAGAUUGUCAUAGAAAAGAUAAGAGCAAUAAUUUAAGUGACACAGAAGAUGCUGUUUCUGGAGUGAGUGAGAAUCCAGUAAAUAUUACAUACAAUAUCGAAGAACAUGGCCAAUCUGUCACACAAUCAAGAACUCAGCACUCAUUUGUGAAUAAAACCAAUUGUAACAAGACAGUCAGUGGUUACAGUGCAUCAUUCAAGCCCUCCAAGAAUCAAAGAACCAUCCUGCAAAGGUUGGGUCUCCCAUCAUUGCUAUCUUCAAAUGGAACAAACAACAAGCCUUCUUAUAUGGCUUUAACAUCUGCUGCCAGGAGGAAAAGGAGAUCUGAAAGUUUCAUGGGUAAGGAAGAGGACAAUGUGGAACCUCUUGCAAAAAAGCAUUUACGUCAGGAUUUGCUACCUUAUAUGGGCAAUAAACCUACACAAUUGCUAUUACCAGGAAGAUCACAGAGCCGUAGAGAGGCCAAAAAGAAACGCUUUUUAAGAGGAGACUCCACUUACAAAGGUCUGUCAAGUAAUAAGGGCAAAGGAAGACCUUUGAAAUCUACACAGCUUAUCUAAGUACCUGCAGAUUACAAAAAUGGCUUUCAGUCACUUGAUAAAACAAAACUUGGAUAUUGCUGAAAAGAGACUUGUUGCCUAAGCUUUGCAUUUUACCCUCAAUGGGGGGGACAAAUGCAGGAUUGCCAAAUUUCAGAUGAUCGCCACAACUUGUACUCCAGGAGAAAAAGGUUGCUGAUUGAACUUCAAAUUGACUGUGAUUAGCUGAACAGUUUCCAGUGAGAAAUAGCAGGGAGCAAAUGUCUCUCCAUGCUUCUGCAUAAUUUAGGAAAUACCCAAGGAAUUUAGCAUUUUUGCCUUCAUACUGAUGAGUAUAAGAAGUAAAACUUCAAUACUAUGUUUCUCAUCUCAGCAAUAGAUUGUCUACCAUGGCUAACCUUUUAAAACCAACAUAGUAAUUAUCUUUUCAGACUGAAUGAUGUGGAAUGGGCCAUAUUCUUGAUCUGUGGAAAACAUGGUGCUGGAAUUCAGCUCCUUUAAAAGCCACUUUAGUUCACUUCAAAACUUGUGAUCAGUCAAGCAACCGUCAUUGAAGUAGUUCUACUCCGUCAUCUGUGUUCAUAGAGAAGAAAUUGUUUCAUGUAAAAUAGUGAUACGUUUCCAACCAAUAAAAGACUUCUAUCAUACCUUUGAAAUACAUAAGCCUUUAACAUGUUCCUCAAGUAUACUCUUUCUCAUUUGGUCAACAGAAUUUUAAAUUUAUCUAUCCUUAUUUUAAUAAGCCUUACACAAAGGGUGCACUUUUUAAUCAAACUUUUGUAUUUAUCUUAAUUUUGUUGCUCCUCUGUCAUGAUUUUACCUCACAUGAGCAACAUCCAGAAGUAAACUGUGGUAUUGUUAGGUUUAGAAGUGUUGCUAAAUUGAGGAUAUAGUUGUUCUAUUAUUAUUUUGGCGCUGGAAGCACCUAAUGUUGAAUAACAUAACUCUAAACCUUGUGGCUUAGUUUGGUAUGUGAUUGGCUCUAAGGUAUCAUUUGCACUAUUUAAUUGAAUUAAAGCAUAAAGUUAAAAUGGAAUAAAACAUUCAAUUAUUUGAUCUAUUCAGUAAAUAUCUAACAAGUAUCUGGUCACAGCUCAUGUCCCCUACGCACAUCUGUGCUGUCUGUAGCUCUCCACUAAUUUAUACCCCCCGUCAGUUUGUCAAUAUCACUGCUUUCAGGCAAGUCUUACUAUCCACUCUUUAAUUGCUUGUCUUUUACUUCAUGAUACUUCCCUUCCCUUUAAUUGUCUUGUCAUCUUGCUCUGUCUUAUGCACACCUAUACUGACCAAUGAAAGACUCUGGUGUGAGGGUUUUUUUAUGAUUCAUACUUGAAAUUUGAGAAACUGCACAAAAGGUACGUUCCAUAAAUAGGAUUUUGUCGUAUCUUUGAGAAAGAUUCUAAACCACUGCUGCCACACAAUCUGAAGUUAGUUAUUUUAAACAGUCCAACCAGUAAUGUUACAUGAGCAAUACAUACUAACAACCACCAACAGACAGUCCAAGAUGACUAGCUAAAUCAUCCUGUUAUAGCUGCAAAAAUAAUUAUUCUUCUUUCAACGUCCAUUAUACUCUUUAUCAUGGAAUGGACUUGGGUUAUUUUGACACAGCCUUUUGUCUUACGAAAGUCUUCUUAAUUCAAAAUAUCCAAAUGAGACAUUGAGUUCCUUAUUGGAACCAUAGAGAGAAUCCCUGCCCUGACAUAAUCUCCCUUUUGCAUGUUUCUGCGAUCAUAAUAAAUCUGGGUUCUCCUGAUCUCAUUUUGUAUCAUCUUCCAUUACUAAUUUUAUUAUUCCGUUAAAGCAUCCCCAUUUUUGCCUUCAAGCAGACUUCCAGACAAGAGUUUCUUUGUUCAUUUCAGUAUGUCAUCAGCUAUUCUCAUUUGGAGCUGUUUGUCAUGGUUAUUUAGUCCAGCCAUUCUUAUCUCUCAUCAAACUAUUGAAAUAUGUUUGUUCACCAAGGCCUACAUA